AUGGCCACUGCACAAUUGCAGAGGACUUCCAUGAGUGCAUUGGUAUUUCCCAGUAAGAUAUCAACUGAGCAGCAGUCUUUGGUAUUAGUGAAGAGACUGUUAGCAGUUUCAGUAUCCUGCAUCACGUAUUUGAGAGGAAUAUUUCCCGAGUGUGCUUAUGGAACAAGAUAUCUAGAUGAUCUUUGUGUCAAAAUUCUGAGAGAAGAUAAAAAUUGUCCAGGAUCAACACAGUUAGUGAAGUGGAUGCUAGGAUGCUAUGAUGCUUUACAGAAAAAAUAUCUAAGGAUGGUCGUUCUAGCUGUAUACACCAAUCCAGAAGACCCUCAGACAAUUUCAGAAUGUUACCAGUUUAAGUUCAAGUACACAAAAAAUGGACCAAUCAUGGACUUUAUAAGUAAAAAUCAAAGUAAUGAAUCUAGCAUGUCAUCUGCCGAUACCAAGAAAGCAAGUAUUCUCCUCAUUCGCAAGAUUUAUAUUCUAAUGCAAAAUCUGGGACCUUUACCUAAUGAUGUUUGUUUGACCAUGAAACUUUUUUACUAUGAUGAAGUUACACCCCCAGACUACCAGCCUCCUGGUUUUAAGGAUGGUGAUUGUGAAGGAGUAAUAUUUGAAGGGGAGCCUAUGUACUUAAAUGUGGGAGAAGUACCAACACCUUUUCACACCUUCAAAGUAAAAGUGACCACUGAGAAAGAACGAAUGGAAAAUAUUGAUUCAGCUAUACUAUCACCAAAACAAUUGAAAACACCACUUCAAAAAAUCCUAAUGGACAAAGAUGAUUUAGAAGAUGACCAAGAACAUUACAUAAGUGAUGAUUUUGACUUUGAAACUAAAAUGGAAGAGCAGAAAAAAAAAACUGGAGUUUCUGAAGUUGGCGAACCAAAUUUGGUUUGUGAGGAAGAUGAAAUUAUGAGGUGUAAAGAAAGUCCAGAUCUUUCAAUUUCUCAUUCUCAGGUUGAGCAGUUAGUUAGUAAAACAUCUGAACUUGAUGUGUCUGAAAGCAAAACAAGAAGUGGAAAAGUCUUUCAGAAUAAAAUGGCAAAUGGAAAUCCACCAGUAAAAUCUUCUAAAGAAAAUCGGAAGAGAAGUCAACCUGAAUCUGGGAAAACAGUUCUCCAUCACUUUGAUUCUUCUAGUCAAGAGUCAGUGCCAAAAAGGAGGAAAUUUAGUGAACCAAAGGAACAUAUGUAA